AUGCUUGCUGAUGAUGCCCCGGUGCCAUUGAACACCUUCCUCGAAAGGAAUUUCCAGUAUUACUACCACUCAGCCGUUCUGAUCAUGACCGCCUUUAAUCCUACACAGAUUUUCGGCGACGAGGUCACGGAAGAGAAGGGCGAGAAUGCGCGUCUCUCGGCGUUUGUCGGCGCGAUCGCCGUGGGCGAUUUGGUCAAGAGCACACUGGGACCCAAGGGGAUGGAUAAAAUAUUACAAUCAGCUUCAACAGGCGAAAUAAUGGUCACAAACGACGGUGCCACAAUUCUGAAGUCAAUAGCGUUAGACAACGCCGCAGCGAAAGUGCUGGUCAACAUAUCCAAGGUGCAAGAUGAUGAAGUUGGGGAUGGAACUACGUCUGUGACAGUGUUGGCGGCAGAAUUACUACGCGAGGCUGAGAAGCUGGUGGAGAAAAAGAUACAUCCGCAAACAAUUAUUGAAGGGUAUCGGAUAGCAAGUAAUGUGGCUCUGGCGGCCCUGGAAGCCACGGCCGUGGACCACAGCAAAGAUAAGGAAGCUUUCCGCAAUGAUCUUAUGGCAAUAGCACGGACAACGCUCAGCUCGAAGGUGCUAAGUCAGGAUCGAAAUCAUUUCGCAGAGCUUGCGUGUGAUGCUGUCUUGCGAAUGAGGGGAUCAACGGAUCUCAGUCAUAUCCAAAUUAUAAAAAGGCGGGCGGGAAGCUGA